CAAACCAGCACAGUACCCCAAACCAGCACAGUACCCCAAACCAGCCCAUCACGUUCAGCUUGAAGGGACCCAGACCAACAGGUCGUACCUGUCGCUACUGUCACCGAGAGAUGAGGACAGGCACGCGUGGAAUGAAUCAUCAUUUCGAGGUCUGCCCGAAGUUUCCACUCGAGUGUCCAAAUCUGUGCGGCAAGAUGGAGCUUGCACGAGAUGAGCUGUCUAACCACAUCAUGGAGGAAUGUACAGAGGCUACAGAAUCGUGUUCCUAUCAAAGUAUAGGAUGCUCAUUCCAAGGUUCGAAAACAAAUUUAUCGAAUCAUCUCGAAAAGAACAUCGAAGACCACCUCCAGUUGGCGUGCGAAGUCAUCGACGACCAGAAAGCCGAACUAGAGCGACAAGCCGAGCGAAUCCGACUGCAAGACGAAGCCAUCGUUCAACUGAACGACACAGUAGUCAAGAUCAAGGCUCUAUUCGAUGAGCAAGUGAAACUGAGAGAAAAGCAGGAUAACGCUAUCACCAAACUAAAUGAUCAACUGAAAGAGCAUAAAAAGAAUUACAGCAAAUUGGAAAAAGAGACGAAAGCGAAACUCGAGGAAUUGGAAAAACGUAAUAAGGAUAUCAAUAAUAAUAUUAGUAAUAAUAAUGAAGAAGAACUCAUACGCUACCCUGGGCUGAACGGUUAUGGUGAACAGAUUUGGAAGAUUUCGAGUUUUGGGAAAAGGAUUUCUCGGAUUAGGACGGGUCGAAGUGAAGAUCCAAUUUGCAGUGAGCCGUUUUAUACCUCUGCGUUUGGGUACAAAAUCUCUUGCUGGGCUUAUUUGAAUGGACGCGGCAAGGAACUGGGACAGAGUCUGUCUAUCUACGCAUGCGUGAUGAGUGGAGAGUACGACGCGGUGUUGAAGUGGCCAAUCAAACCGCGCUACACGUUCAUACUUCUAGAUCAGAACCCGGAUGUGGAAAAACGGAAGGACCUUGUGCGCGUGCGCAAGGUGCACGACUUCAAGCGCGAUGACGUCAGGCGGAAGGGUAUCGAUCGACCGAAACGAGACGAAAGGGCGAUUAUUGUAGGAUUUGAUGAUUUUGUUUCGUUGGAGAAACUGGAAGCUGGGAAUUACCUCGCCGAGGAUUCGUUAUACAUUCGGAUUUUGGUCGACAUUACCGACACCUAACUGACAUUAAUCGAAAUGUCGGGGCUUUGAUUCGUCGGAGAAACUGGAAGCUGGGAACUACCUCGCCGAGGUUUCGUUAUACAUUCGGAUUUUGGUCGACAGGGGCUUUGUUUCAUUUGAAUGUUAAUCGUACCUAGACCUCUCACUCGGCAUCCUGCUCAACUACGCAUGCGCAAAAUGUACCCAGAGCCUGCACUCCUCGUGGUCCACACCUGGUUGUUUUUAAGUGCUGACCACAUACAAGUAGCUGCGCAGGCUCUUCGGGCGAGAUUUAAGAAAUGACGAUAUUCAUCAGUAAACUCACACUCUUUUUUAGUGCGUUCACCCUUAAGCUCCUUUUUUUGUCCUUUGUCCAUUAAAUAAGACUUUACGAAUACAAGGCGUUUUCAACGAUCGUCAUUUGUAGAUUGUUUCUCGCGACGUUGCAGUUGAAAACGGUGGGCGCACAAAAAAAGGAACUCGUGUGAUCGGUUCGAGACCGCGUCAUCUUUGUUAAACCUAACGCGCCCCACACUAACACAUGUCAUUCCCUUUAGUAUAAUUAUUUUGCUCCAUCUGACUAUAACGCUUCAGAAAGACAAUAUAGAUGAAGCUGACAAAGAAUCUUAUUUUCAAAGGAAUGACAUGAUCUGAAAUGGGUUAAACCUUUACACCAUCACGUGAUGGCAGCCAUGUCACGCAGGAGGCAGGAACAAUUGAAUCGUGCCUAAAAUAAUUAAUAGAAGUAAUUCAGUUUCUUAGGGGAAAAAGACUAUUGUUGUGCCUCUUAUAAUGGCAGCCAUCACGUGACCUAUUCUUCGUUUACACAUGACGUCAUAGCCGCCAUCUUGGAUAAAUUUAACAAAAGACUUGUUAAGGAAUUCUUUUGUUAUAUCAUCAAACAUGGCCGUGGAAAUGAAUGAAAACCAGUUGUUUUAUCAGUUAUCAACUAAAACACGCGAUAUCCAUAUCGAGGUAAUUUUAUUACAACUACAUUAGCACCAACAACGUCAAUGUAUGAUAAAAUGUUUUCUUUCGCUUUGCGUUUAACCAUUAUUAUUUUGGUGCUAAAAUUGAAGCACUUUUUAAAAUGAAAAACUACUUUUUCUCUACAAAAUAAUCAAGGAUAAAAAUGUAUGUUUUUAGAUUAAUAAAGAUAUUAUGCUCUAUCAUUAAAUAAGUAUUUUCUGGAUGAUAAGAUAUAUUAUUAAAAAGUUAUCAAAAA